CGCGGAACUGCAACUAACGAUUGCAGCGUGGUACUAGAGCUACGCCUCCCAGCUACUUCUGUUAGACACGCCUUCCACCAUCCAGCGCGUCGGUGGUUAGGUCUCCCGGUGCCGUGCCGACGAAUGCCUGCCGUCGUCAGGUCUUCCGGCCCGCCCCGCGACAGUGCAAACCGUCUAUCCCGGGUGUUCCUCCACACGAGACGCUGGACAGUAGCAUCAUCACAGUCGGAGUGUACUCUGCUCCAGUGCCGCCUGGUCGUAGAGGGAGACCGCACAGAAAACGUUGUCGCUGCGUGGCCGCAGCGCACCAGCGCACGCGGCAGCUGGCUGUGUGUGGACGCGUGGACCGUCGCCAAGAAGAUUUGCAGAGAUCUAGUGAAAGUCGCAGCCAAGACGAAAGGACGCCGGCCCACUGCAUAUGGUCGCACUGCAGAAUGGAAAGCCGAGUUCCAAAGCGAAGCACUCGCGGGAUCGCCACCGUGGACGCAGCGAUCCAGUACGCCGCCUACGACAACGUACGGCACCCCUGGGAACGUAAAAAGAAGCAAACCUACAAAAAACUCGAGCAUCGUGAGCGGACAUAGCCUCUGCGGAACGCACAACGAACGCUCAUGGAUCUUUGGGACAAACACGCGAGGUGCAGCUCUCGCAGGAGCUCGCAAUGUGUGGCAGAAACGACGACAGAGUCUGCAGUUUUACGCAGACGUCAGGAGAAAAGUGGAGCUGAGGGAUUCCAGCAGUUCGAAAGCCCGCCUCACAACCACCUCAACAGUAGCACCAGACACUCUUCCACACCACCAGCACAAGAAAUUAAACGAGAAGUUCUGGAGAUCCGCCACUACUUAAGCAUUGCGGCAAGGAGCACUCGUAUCAAGGCCCCGCCUACCCAAUCGGCAGCAGCCAGUCGAGAAGAGAAAGAGAGAGAGUGAGGGCGAGAGAGGACGCUCCCAGAAGAGUCACAGGGUACAGAAAGAGCUCUCCAAGGGAACCGUCCAUACCCCAAGAGAACCUGCGAUACGCCUGGGGCCGGAAAAAGCCGCGAAGACGAGAAAGGAGAAAAACCGACUCAAAUCAGGCCAAGGCCGAUCAGGCCCGCCCUUAAAACGGACUUGGGCAGCCUUCCCCCCGGUCGCUACGUGGAGCCAAGACGGUAAACUAGUACCAGCAGAGGCACCCGACACUAACCACUAACCCUUCGUUCAACAAUCAGGGUGGUGCUUCGCGAAACGAGUCUGAAAACGUCAAUCCGCGUUUCUCGACUCAGACAAAACGUCCACAUUCUGGGCCAAGGAAAAGGUUCAAACACCUCAGAAAGUUUGCACGCUGGUACUAGAAACCUGUUCUCCUGUUCGACCCAAAGUCGAAUUCAGAGAACGAGAAAGACUAAACUAGCUCUAAAUUUUGGUUAGAGGUUAGUUUUCCUGCUUUGGGUGUCGAGAAAAGACCAGAGGAGACAGAGGAAAAGGAAGAGAGUUAAACGAUUUUCGACAGCAUUCAGCAAGACAGUGACCCUGAAUCCGUCGAGCCCGAUAACUGGAAAGUUUGGCUUGAACAGCAGAACUCACAGUGUGCUCGGCGAUUCUGUCAUCCGCCUCCCUACUAGAUCCACUGAUGGUGCCGAUGAUCCAGACCACCGACCACAUGCGAGACGAAGCAGCUGUUGGAAUCCGACAGGCGUGGUGCGACAGAAGUCCGGUCACGCGACUCGCGAGGGACACCGUUCCUAGCGAGAAGGUCCUACAGGCGAAGGAAGAGUCACGGGACGGGUCUUCACGCACACCCAACACCAGUAACGAUCUUGCUAUAGCCAGACAGAUCCAGGAGGACCUAUAUCAACUCGAGGACGAGGAGCCACCAUCUUCUGGAGCCAUCGGAACGGGUCUGCCGCCGACUGCCGCCACCGCAGCCAUGUCCAAGAGCAAUUUUGAGAGUCUGCGGUUCCUCGACGACGACCCAAACUACUAUGGGAAGGGUUACGACAUAGGCAGAGAAUACAUGGUAACUGAGCACAAUUCAAUCUCCGAAGAACAGAAAGAAAGGAAUAGAAACAUUCCCCGCAAGAGCGUCAGGAAAAACAACUACUCCGGACGCUGGAGCGACGAAUAUCGGUACCGGGAUUUCGACAAACGAGGACACCGGAAUCUGCAUGCGGAGAAGUAUCAGCCGCAUGAGAGAAAGACGUGGGCAGUGGGCGGGACCGGGAUUGUGACGGCCUGCGUGCGAGGCAUGCAGAGAAGUGACACUCUUUUGGAGAGGGAAGAACUCGACUUGGCAUUUGAGGGUCGCCAGGAGCUGGAGGAGAUAGAGAGUAGCAUUGAUUCCCAGCUCAUUGAGAGAAUGAGUCACCAGUACGAGUACAAGGAGAAACACAGGCCAAAAGACCCCUCGGUCAAGCCCGUCACUGAGUGUGCAGUAUGCUUGGAUUCCUUCCACGUAGGAGACCCGCUAAGGUAUGUUGUCGGUAUUACAAGAAUUGAUCACUUUUGCUGACGAAACGUAACGGGAAUACCUGCCAAAACAACAAAGAUUAGCAAGAAGUUUAUUUUCCCAGCGGAAGUUGUGAAAAGUGACCUCUAUUGUUUUCCCACGUAAUGUACCUACCUCCAGCAAGACCUAUAAAUAGAGCACUUUCGAUGUCCCAGCACUUUAUUUUCCCCUACUUUAUUUUACAAUAGUUUUGCCACAUAAAUCUCCACUAAGAGAUGCAAUAAAGAACGCUUUCGAUAUCCCAAGGUGUUCCUUAUUGGUAGAUGUUACUGUCUGAAAUCUCUCUGUCUGCUGCCAGGUUGAUGCCGUGCUCUCACACCUUCCACCGGGUCUGUGUGGACAAGUGGCUGGAGGGGAACGUGAACUGCCCGGUUUGCAAGGCCGACUAUCACCUACUGGCUGGGAAACUGGGGCUGGACGUCGAUCUCAAGAAAUACAGAAGGCGCUACUGGUAGGAUGGCCGAGUUUUGACUCUUAACGCUUGAUUCAGAGCUUCACACUUUGAUUUUUGGACACACAUAUCAUGUGCAUAAUUUUGGUUAUUAUUGCUCAGGCUGCCCACAAGGACAAUGUUUAUGAUGGUCAUAAUUAUUA